AUGUCUUACUCAAGUGUCUAUCAAGGGUUACAAUCCUGUCUUGAACCAGGGCUUCUCGAACCACGUGUCUUGAACCUCAAGUUAGCUCCACCAGGGAUCAACUCUGAACGGACUAGCUCUUCCACUAGCACCAUUUACUCUCCCUCACACUCUGACACCCUCACCAACACUCCAGCCACAACAAACGAUGAACAUGACACCAAAAGGGACAAAGUUUCUGAACCAGCUUGGAGUUUUCUUCAUGCUCUCUCCAACAUUUCUCAUUGUAAAAAAAAUGAGGAGCUUGAAGCUGAGAAUGUGUAUGUUCACCCUGCUGUUAAGUGCUCCUCUUCGAUGCUCAGUGCAAAGAGCUUGGAAUUGUGCACUGAAAGUCUAGGCUGCGAAACUGGUAGUAAUGCUAAUAAUGCCAGUGAUAACAGCCAUGGCAUGUUUUUGUUUUCAUUUGAAAGUAGCUCAAGUUUCACGAAAGAUACUCCACUUGUUAACAGAAAUUCUGAGUCUAAAAGAUUGAACCGAGUUAGUAGCUUUCCACCUCCACUGACUUCAAUUACUGAUAUGGGAGGGGUUCAAGUUAGGUCUCAUCGUGAAGAUGGUAGGCUAAUCAUGGAAGCUGUAACUUCCUCUUCUCCUCAACCUUAUUUUCAAGCUGAACGUGUUAAUGGCAGGCUCAGGCUUCGACUUUUUGAGAGUGUUGCCAUUUGUUGUGGUGAUGAAGUAGCUGAUGAUAAAGGAGAAGGUGAAGAAGAAGAAGAAGAAGAAGAAGAGGAGGAGGAGGAGGAGGAGGAGGAGGAGGAGUUGGAAGAGUACGUUGAGAUUGCUGAGGAAGAGAUGGGAAUGACAAAGUUUGCGAGACAAAGCAGGUGCAAGGAAAGUGGGAAUAGAGACAUUUUUGCUGAUGGCUACUUUGAGCUUCCCUCACUUUGUCUCUGAGCAGAACCUAUUU